GCUUGGAUGUGAGCGCGCACAGACCCCGCCCCACAUCCCCAUGAGGUCCCUGGGGGCCCUUAAAUAGCACGUCCCAGGUCUCAGAGCCCGUUUCGGACUCAGUCCCCGGAUUUGUCUGAGCAAGUGCCUCACUUGGAAAAUAUGAGCUCGUCGAACCCGGACCAGCGCCUGGAGCAUCUCCUGAGCGCCGUGGAGAGCGAGUUCCAGAAGGGCAGCGAGAAGGGAGACGCGUCGGAGCGGGACAUCAAACUGACGCUGGAGGACGCGGACCUGUGGAACAAGUUUAAGGAGCUAACCAACGAGAUGAUCGUCACCAAGACGGGGAGGAGGAUGUUUCCGGUUCUGAGAGCGAGCGUGUCCGGUCUGGACCCGAACGCCAUGUACUCGGUCCUGCUGGAUUUUGUGGCCGCGGACAACAACCGCUGGAAAUACGUGAACGGGGAGUGGGUGCCCGGCGGCAAGCCGGAGCCGCAGAGCCCCAGCUGCGUCUACAUCCACCCGGACUCCCCCAACUUUGGCGCGCACUGGAUGAAAGCGCCCGUCUCCUUCAGCAAAGUCAAGCUCUCCAACAAGCUGAACGGGGGCGGACAGAUCAUGCUGAACUCACUGCACAAAUACGAGCCGAGGAUCCACAUCGUGAAGGUUGGAGGCAUUCAGAAGAUGAUCAGCAGCCAGUCCUUCCCUGAGACGCAGUUCAUCGCUGUCACUGCCUACCAGAACGAGGAGAUCACUGCUCUGAAGAUCAAGCACAACCCUUUCGCCAAAGCCUUCCUGGACGCCAAAGAAAGGAGCGACCACAAGGAGGUCCCGGACCACAGCGCCGACACCCAGCAGCCGGGAUACUCCCAACUUGGAGGCUGGUUUCUUCCCAGCCAGAGUCCGAUCUGCCCCAGCAGCAGCCCCCCCCAGUUCGGCAGUUCAGCGGGUCACUCAUCGGGUUCCUAUUGUGAGCGUUACUCCAGCCUGAGGAGCCACAGGGCGGCGCCGUACCCCAGCCACUACCCCCACCGCAGCUCCGGCACAAACAACUACAUGGAGAACAGCUCAGGGAGUCUGCCCACGCAUGACAGCUGGUCAGCGCUCCAGAUCCCCAACUCCCCAGGCAUGGGGACUCUGUCCCACAGCUCCAACUCCACCUCCAACUCCAGUCAGUACCCCAGCCUCUGGUCGGUGGCCGGCACCUCGCUCGCCCCCUCAGGCUCCACCUCUGGUUCCAUAUCCGGAGGCCUGACCCCCCAGUUCCUGCGAGGUUCUUCCUACACGGGCCUGACCUCCUCCCUGCCCGUCUCCUCACCCUCCUCCAUGUAUGAGCCCAAUCUGAGCGAGGUGGGGGACGCUCAGUUCGAGAGCUCCAUCGCUCGGCUCACAGCAACCUGGGCGCCUGUGGCUCAAAGCUACUGAGGCUCCUCCCACCGCCAGAUUUCUGAAAUGACUCCGGGGAGGAUGCUGGAGUUUGAGGAGCUGGAGCCUCCUCAGGGAAGGAGCAGAAACUGUCUGACAACCGCAGAAAGCUGCAGAAGUGUAGUUAAAAUGAAUCUGUAAAUAGGAAAAGCUUCCAGCUGCUGCAGAGGAGUCCAAACUGAUCACAUGACUCAGUGAAGCUCCCUCAACUCGUUUGAUUCUUCAGUUGUGUAAACGACUCUGCUAACAUGGAUGUGUACAUGUGUGUAAAUACAGUAAGUUAACUUCACCUCAAUGUGCCUUCUACUGAUCCAAAGCCCCCCCACACACUCGUGUAAAUACAGCCUUUGAUUGAACUGUAAGUUUUAUUUAUGUCAUCUAAUAAUAAAUUAAAAGUAUUUGUUUUCUCAGAAAAA